AUGGCCGAUCUUUACCCAUCCAUAACACAGACUGCUGUCCUCGCGACAGCACUGAAGGUUCUCCUUUGGCCCGCAUACAAAUCCACAGACUUCGAGGUCCACCGCAAUUGGCUUGCUAUCACUAACUCAUUGCCGGUCAAGGAUUGGUACUAUGAAACAACUUCCGAGUGGACACUCGACUACCCCCCCUUCUUUGCCUACUUCGAAUGGCUCCUCUCCCAGGCUGCCUACUAUGUGGACCCUGCCAUGCUGGAGAUUGAUAAUCUGCAGUAUCAAAAUUGGCAGACCUAUAAUGGCUUCCUGUACGGCAUCCUCAUACUCUCCAUGGUCUCGGCUCGAAAGCAGUCCACCAUGCUGCUCGGGGGACUUUUGUUUGCCGCACUACUCUGCUUCAAGCACAUAUAUCUCUAUCUCGCGCCCGCGUACUUUAUGUAUCUGCUGCGAGCAUACUGCCUGAGCCAAAAGUCAAUGUUUCGAAUCCGCUUUGGCAACUGCGUCAAGCUGGCGUCAGGACUUGUCAGUAUUUUUGGGGCCGCUUUUGGACCCUUUUGGUACCUGGCCCAAGAGGAUCAAGUCUUAAGCCGACUGUUUCCGUUCUCACGGGGAUUGUGUCAUGCUUACUGGGCGCCCAAUGUGUGGGCUAUGUACUCGUUCACUGAUAGGGUUCUCAUCUACGUCGCGCCGAAGGUGGGGUUGCCAGUCGAUCAAGCUGCGCUGAACAGCGUCACCCGAGGACUCGUUGGAGACUCCUCUUUUGCAGUCCUCCCCAACAUAUCACCCAAGACUACCUUCCUCCUAACUUUGUUCUUCCAAACACUAUGUCUGGUUAAGCUCUUCUUCCAGCCAACGUGGGAGACCUUCGUCGGAGCUGUGACUCUGUGUGGCUACGCAUCCUUCCUCUUUGGAUGGCAUGUCCACGAAAAGGCCAUCCUUUUGGGGCGGUUCCUCUUCCGCCUAUCCGACAGAAUGGUUCUUUUCAAGCGAAAACCCGUUCAAUACGCUGCGCUGCCUACAUACAUUACGGAUGACUCCGAGGUUUGGUCCAUAGAAGAAACGGGCGAGGUUUUCACCAGUUAUGAGGAAUACUUGAAACGUAUCGAUUACUAUAAGCAAAAGCGUUUCGUCUGCGAAAUCACGGGACAUUCGGGACUAAGUUUCAAGGAAGCACUCAGGAGUGAGCUGGAUGCCUCGGAUGAGGUUGACGACGAGUUCCCUGAUGCAUUGAGGGAGCCGAUCCUGCGAAAAGUACAGUUCCAACAAAUAUCAAGGAUAGAUAACCUAGUUGACUAUACCUACGAGGAGUUUAAGCGGGAUUUCUACCCAGGGGAAAUUGUCACAAUCACACUUGGUGAAGAUCGUUUUACUGGCUUCAUCCGUGAAAAGACCAAGUUCCCUGAGCUAGCUCGGCCAGAUGGCACCCUAGAGCGGAAAGCGUAUGCACGAUAUUUUUGCUAUCUUGACGAAAGACAAGGUGAGGAAGCACUGGUCGAUGAAGACCAGAUUGCCCGUGAACGAAAGACCUUCACCAAGCAGAGGCUUCGAUCGUUUCUGAAGAAUAGCGUCACACGUGAGGCAUGGACAGGAGCACCUUGGCUUGUCAAACCAAGACUCGCUGAGGAGUACCGAAUCACCACAACUAUCCCCGACUGGCUUACCCAUGACCACCAAUCAAAACAGAGAAAAAUCAACCCUUCCUCUGGCAAAAAAGGUGAAUACGAAGGUCUCACCCUUAAUCUAUACGGUGCUCGCCACAGCCUUCCAUUGCUCAAACCGAAGGGAAGCAAAGGCAAGAAUGCUCAGGAUGACAUGCAGCGUUGGAGGCAGGAACAAUAUGCUGAAUAUCAACGCUCUACAGUUAGCAACCCGGAUUUCAGGAUUGCACCGCAAGGCCAGCCAACUCAAUUUAACCAAUUCCAAGCCGGACCUCCACAUGGGUUUCGCAUGGUCCAGGGUUUUCAACCAAUCGCCGCCAAAGGUCAGCCAAAGCCUACACCACCACCGCCUCCACCGAAGUACCCCAUCGAGGACCUUGAGAUACCUCCUGUUCGUGAUGGGACUCAUCGCCCGCCACUCAAGUUUCUCUCAGAGAGCACUCCAAGUCUCAACAGAGUGUCUGAAGGCGCUGGAAGUGGUAUAGCGAUGGAAUCUGUCGGGCUACUUUUAGAGACCUGGGACACCUUAAAUGUCUACUGCGAAGUUUUUCAGCUUGACUCUUUUACGUUCGAUGACUACGUCGAAGCUUUGCGAAUUACGUCUGAAGACGUUCAUUGUGAGCUUCUCGUAGAGAUACAUUGCGCCGUGCUCAAGAAGCUGGUGAAUGACUCAAACGACAAGAAUGGCCAGGUUCAGAUCUCACUGCCAUACCAAGUCGAAAGCGAGGAAGAAGAAUCCGUCCAGGAAAGUAGCGCUCAACCCUCGCCUACACCAGAGCCUGAAAUUAAACCGCCAGCGCGAUCUACGCGCGGUAGUCUUGCAAAAUCGGAAGCGGCAGAGCUGAAGCAAGCUGCCAACGGGAACGAAGCGUCCCCCGCCAACGUGAAAGUCCACCGAGCGGUAGAGAUGGAUCAUUCAAUGCGGGGCUACGACUGGAAAAUGCGACUUCGAAAGCGUGACUUCUCCAGUGGUCACUGGGUAGUGAUCGUUGUAGGUCUUCUGAAUCAGCUAUCGAGUAGUCCUCGCCUCACGGAAAGCUGCAAUGAGAUCUUGAGGCACUUAGCCCCUCUCGAUAAGGACGCAACGCCAGAAAUUGCGUCUGCGCAGUAUCAAACCCUUGAUAUCAACCUUCGCACCCGGAUACUUCAGAUCCUUUGUAUGAAGUCCGUGGAAACCAAAGCGAUCCGACAGUACAUGGAGGACUGCAGCGCCCAGAUGACAGAGCAUCGAAAAGAGAAAAACGAAGUUCAAAGAAGUCGUAAAGCAGCAGUGGAAGAGCUACGGGUGUUACAUGAAGAGCGUAAGACUUUGCAACCAGAAAGCAUUUCAGCAUCUCCUCCCGCAGAACUUGAGGAACUAUCAGAGUUGAAAAUGGAACCAGAUGAGGAAGAGCCUGCAGACGAGGAUGAAGUCAUGGACUCCGACGAGGAGGAACCUCAUCAAGGACGCACCCUCCGUCGAGCUAACGAUAGAGCGGCAGCACGCAAAAAAAAGCAGAGAGAAGAAAAGGAGAGGAAAGAAACGGCGCAAGCUGAGAAGGCAAAGAAGCCGUCAAAGCAGGAGAAGCAAUAUGACAAAGUAUUAAAAAAGAUCGAAGAGGUGAAGGAGAAGAUUAAGGAGUUCGAAGAAGAAGUUCACACUCUCGAAAACGACCUUCGGGAAGCCGAUUGCCCCAGAACUAGAGUACUUGGAAAAGAUCGCUUCUGGAACCGCUACUACUGGAUGGAACGCAACGCCAUGCCAUAUGCUGGCCUACCCGAUAGCUCCACUGCCGACGCUGGAUACGCAAACGGAUGUCUAUGGGUACAGGGACCCGACGAUCUUGAACGUGAAGGUUUUAUAGAAUUGUCUCCGGCCGAGAACGAGCAAUACCGGCGAGCGUUCCAGAUGACAGUACCAGAACGAAAGAUGAUUGAGGAGGGCGAUACUCAUACCUUCACCGCCAGACAGUGGGGCUAUUACGACGACCCCGACCGUUUCGAUAUGCUCAUCGGAUGGCUCGAUGUUCGCGGGGUACGCGAACUCAAACUUCGCAAGGAACUUCAAGCCCAGAGAGAAAAGAUCUGCCUUCACAUGACGAAACGUCAUGAGUAUUUGAGCAUGGACGAGAAGAAGUCCGAAGCCAGCGAGCCUACGACGAGAGUAUCAACGCGCACCAAGACAUAUGUAGACUCAACCGGCCACCGAUGCUUAGCGUGGAAGAACAACACUGCCAUCACCGAGAUCGGCCACCUUCACUCGGAACCAAAGCCGCCAGCAUACAAGAAGCAAAAGGGAGUAGCUCAAAAGAAAGCUCUCAUCGUCGAGGAGGAGGAGCCCCGGCAAACACGCGCCACUAAUCGUCAAGGCAAGGUGCCAACUCGUCAAGGGACCCGAUACAACUUCUAA